AGAGAGUUAGAGGCCAUAGACACACAAUAUGUGUAGAGCGGGGAAAGUUCGGACUUGAGAGCGGAGAGCCGAAAUGGCGCCACACUUUCAGAACUUAAAAACCCUAAAACCCUCAAAAGGUUCUCUUCCUUCUUAAACCCUCAGACCACAUUUAUUCACGAAAUUACUCAUCAGGAAAUGGGGUUGCUCUUCCGUCCUCUACUUGCACAACGUCUUGGUCUGGCUUUCUUCAAGCAACCUCAUCUCUCUUCUCUACUCUGCUCCGUCCACCAGAGAGGAAGAAGAUAUUCGACAACUUGUGUUGCUGAAUGUGAUGGUCUGCUGGAUGGUGAUGAUAAUGAUGAUGCCAAAGCAAGAGAAAAAGAUGAUGCACUGCGUUUGGCUCUCUCACGGCUUUCUGGCGAUUUCGGUAGAGAGUCUAUGUUGUCUUUGCAGCGGUUUUUUUGCUCAAGACGUCCACCGGUCAUCUCCACUGGCUCCUUGAAGCUUGAUUUAGCUCUUGGGAUUGGAGGAUUACCAAAGGGAAGAAUCGUUGAAAUUUAUGGGCAAGAAGCAUCUGGGAAGACCACACUUGCACUUCACAUCAUCAAGGAAGCUCAAAAGCUUGGAGGAUAUUGUGCGUAUCUUGAUAUAGAGAAUGCAAUGGAUCCUUCACUUGCAGAAUCUAUGGGUGUAAACACAGAAAACCUUCUUUUUUCACAUCCCAAUUCAGCUGAGAAUGUGCUAAAUGUGGUUGACACUCUGACUAAAAGUGGUUCUUUGGAUGUAAUUGUGGUUGAUAGUGUAGCUGCCCUGGUCCCCCAGUGUGAACUAGAUGUUGUAAUUGAUGGUGCAUACCGAGAUGCACAGUCAAGAAUUAUAACCCAAGCACUACGAAAAAUACAUUCUUCAUUAUCCCGUUCUCGAACUCUUAUCGUUUUUGUUAAUCAGGUUAGAUCAAGUCCAAGCGCAGGGCAAGAUUUUGGACCUAUGGAUGAGGUUACUUGUGGUGGAAAUGCCUUGAGAUUCUAUGCGGCAGUACGAUUGAGAAUAAAAAGGACACGGUUGCUUAAGACUGAGGAUAAGGUUACAGGUCUUGGGAUUUCUGUGCAAGUGGUGAAAAAUAAAUUAGCACCUGCGAUGAAGAAGGCUGAUCUGGGGAUACAGUUUGGGAGAGGCUUAUGCCGUGAAUCUGAGGUAUUUCAGUUGGCUUGUGAGCAUGGUCUCAUUGCCAAAGAAGGAAGCAGUUACCUCAUAGGACGAAAGGUGUUUAGUACUGAACAUGCAGCUGAACAGUAUCUGGCCAAAAAUGAUGCGCUUUUUGACAAAGCAGUUAUGAUCUUAAGGAAAAUGAUGUUCGAAAGAUAGUCGUGUUAUGGAGAUCCCGAGUGAAGAGCAUUAUUCAAAUGUGAAAUUGAAAUUGGAGGGCCCUAGCUACAUCCGAUGGCACAAUGCUGCUUGAAGGAUCUUUGUGAUGACAUUUGCAAUGGAGUCCCUUCCUGUUUAGGAGGUAACAUUUCUAUUAAAGAUUUGGAGGCUAAAUGUGGCCCAAUCCAUUGACUUUGGAAGUUCCUUCCAUCAUCCAUCACCUUGCAGUGAUCAUGAUUCAUAUGCAAGUAUGAUCGAGCCGCUCUC